AUGACGUCGGUACCACACUUUCUUCGGUUGAAGCCACGGGGAGACACACCAGGUGAUAGAGAAAAGGAGUGUCUCAUUGAGUAUCAAAACAACAACGAGGUCAAGUUCAAGGACACAACAAGUGCUACGAAGUUCACUAAGGUGUUCAGCGAGAUUUCGCAGCUCGACCUAUACGAUCAGAUCUUGAAGGAGUCCACGGAGGAGUUGUUCCUGGGCAAAGAUAGCGUCUUCUUCACGCUCGGACCCUCGAACUCUGGUAAGUCGUACUCUGUGUACGGUGAUGCUUCAAACCCGGGGCUUUCCAUCUACUCGUUGAAUGAGAUCUUCAACAAGAUUGGAGGUAACUUUGCAGACUAUAAGCAGUUCAAGAGAUACUUUGGGGAACACUUCAUGAUCACCUCGAACUCCCAAAGAGAUUCUCAGGGUGAAUAUGGACUCUCGAUCUCAGUCUUUGAGAUUUACAACGACCGUAUCAGGGACCUAUCCCUUGAUAGCAAGAAGACCGAGAACCAAUCUUUGGACAUCGUUACUGAUUCGAAAGAUGGUAAGAUCAAACCAAACAGGAUUAGGCAGAUCUAUGUCACGAACCUGGAGGACGCCAAAACGGUGUUGCAUAAGUGUAUCAAGAGAAGAGCAGUUAGUUCUACCAAUUUGAACGAAACCAGCUCCAGAUCUCAUUUGUUUAUCUACUUCAACCUUCAUAAGGUCAUUGGGAAAUGUUUGAAGACAACAAGACUCACCAUUGCAGACUUGGCUGGCUCUGAAAGGUCUAAAACUGCAAAGACUGAAGGUAAAGAAUUCAAAGAGGGCAAUUAUACAAAUACAAGUUUGACAGAGUUGGGCAGAUGUUUGGUCUUGAUGAAAUCAAAGAGAUUCGAUAGAUCUAAUUUGAGAACUUCAAAGCUAACAAGAUUACUCUUGACAGACCUUUUUGGAAAUUUGAACCAUAACAGGGUAAAGAUCUUGUUGACUUUGGAUCCAUAUUCUUCGUUGUCAACUAUCAUCCACGCCGUUAGAUAUAUUCAACCAAUUUCCAAAGUACAAAUCAAUUCUGCAAGAAAUUCGUUGGAAUCUACAACCAACGAUGAUUCGGAGUACGUUAAAGAGAUUCAUCAGUUAAAAGAGUUGAACAAAUCCCUCUCAGAUGAGCUUGAAAUGGUUAAGAACAAGACUGUGGAGAUUGAGAUGGACAUUAGAAGUGAAGUUGUUGAACUCUAUGAGCAAAAGAUCAGAGAUCUCGAGAUCAUCAACGAUAAGGCAAUGAAUGAUCUAAAGGAAACCCAUGAAAGAGAUGUUGAUGAGAAGCUUAAACUGCUAUCAGAAGAAUACGACUUGCAAAAGCAGAAGUUGAUCGAGAGCUAUGAAUCACAACUGAACGAUCUCCAAUCCCAGAUGCUUCAAGCUGAAUCCAAAUCCCUGGAAUUGUCGGAGCUGAAGGUGAAGGAGCUCGAGAAACAGAUUGAGGACUACAAAGAGAGGGAAAGACAAAUGCUGGAGAAAGACGUGCAAAAUUCUAAGAGAAUUGACGAAUUAACUGUCCAACUGUCCAAAGGCGAGAAGAAAAGACCCUCUGAAGAAGGUCUGGAGCAAAAUCAGUCUACAAAGAAAGUCAGGUUCAGUGGCGACGGCGAGAUAAACGAGCACGAUCUCGUCUUAAGCCCAAUUAAACUGAUAAAAUCAUCUCCAAACAAGCAUUUCAAGUUCGAGGACAACUACAAAUCACCUGGGAAAUCGAUCAAGAACAAUCACUUCAAAUUUGACACUGACGGACUGAAAUCAUCACCGGUUAAAUCACCGCUAAAGUCACCGCUAAAGCCUCUACGGGAAUCCACGAAUUCGAAUACGAGAUCAUCACCACUCAAAUCACCAUCAAAAGGUAAGAAGAAGAUCAACAACACCCACCACGUCGUCGAUACAGAUGACUACGACCUGUUCAACUAG